AAACCCGAAGCCCUAGUUAACCCCUUUUCCGUUUGGAGCUUCGACCUCCGGAGUAGGGAGCGUAUCCUUCCUCUCGCACCUUUUCCUCUUCUCCGCCUCUCUCUGUCGGCGGCCGGCACUGCCUUCUUCAUUCGCCUACGCCCCUUUGCCUGUCCCAAUUCCACUCCCUGGAGAAUUCUUCCUCUCUACUGCGUAGUCUGCUGUGCGGCCGCGCCAUCCACCGCCUCGAACUCAGAUUGUUUGCACAUAUUAAGUCUCUUUUUACACGAAUGUCACCUGGUAAUUUCUGAUGGCUGAUCACCAUAAUGGAAGUGCAAAACCACCAGCCUCUGCUGCUGGUGCUUAUACAAUCAACCUUGAGAACUUCAGCAAGCGCCUCAAGGGGUUUUAUACUCAUUGGAGGGAUCAUAAAUCUGAUCUUUGGGGUUCUACAGAUGCUAUUGCAAUUGCAACCCCACCUACUUCUGAAGAUCUUCGUUACCUUAAAUCCUCAGCACUGAAUAUCUGGUUGCUUGGAUACGAGUUUCCUGAAACCAUUAUGAUUUUCAUGAACAAGCAAAUUCAUUUCUUAUGUAGUCAGAAGAAGGCCAACUUGCUUGGUACCAUUAAAAAGUCUGCCCAAGAGGCUGUUGGAGCUGAUCUUGUAAUACAUGUCAAGGCAAAAAAUAUUGAUGGGGCAUCCCUGAUGGAGGAGGUUAUACGUGCUGUUCGUGUACAGUCUAAAUCAGAGUCUCCUAUUGUUGGAUAUAUUUCAAAAGAAGCACCUGAAGGGAAGCUACUUGAGAGCUGGGCUGAGAAGCUAGGCAGUUCGACCUUACAGCUAACUGAUGUAACAAAUGGUUUCUCUGAAUUGUUUGCUGUCAAGGAUGUCACAGAGCUUACCUGCAUUAGGAAGGCAGCAUAUCUAACUUCAUCGGUGAUGAAAAAUUUUGUAGUUCCAAAACUUGAGCGGAUAAUUGAUGAGGAAAAGAAGGUUUCUCAUUCUUCCCUGAUGGAUGAUACAGAAAAGGCAAUACUUGAGCCAUCGAGGGUCAAGGUUAAACUGAAGGCAGAAAAUGUUGAUAUAUGCUAUCCUCCUAUCUUUCAGAGUGGAGGUCAGUUUGAUCUUAGACCCAGUGCAUCCAGUAAUGAUGAAGAUUUGUACUAUGAUUCCACAAGUGUGAUCAUUUGUGCAAUUGGCUCACGUUAUAAUAGUUAUUGCUCAAAUGUUGCUAGAACAUUUUUGAUCGAUGCAACUGCAAUUCAGAGUAAGGCAUAUGAGGUGCUUCUUAAAGCUCAUGAUGCUGCAAUUGGUGCUUUAAAGCCUGGAAAUACUGUUGGUGCUGCUUACCAAGCUGCGUUAGCAGUGCUUCAGAAGGAAGCACCAGAGCUUAUUCCAUACCUUACAAAGUCAGCUGGAACAGGGAUAGGUCUUGAGUUUCGUGAGUCUGGGUUGAGUUUAAAUUCAAAAAAUGACCGUUUGUUGAAGGUUGGGAUGGUUUUUAAUGUGUCACUUGGUUUCCAGAACCUCCAGUCUCAGACUAACAAUCCAAAGACGGAGAAGUUCUCUUUGUUGCUAGCUGAUACUGUUAUAGUGAGUGAGAAACCUGCUGAGGUCUUGACUGCAGGCUGCUCCAAAGCAGUUAAGGACGUUGCUUACUCAUUCAACGAGGAAGAGGAAGAACCUCCUAGAGUCCGACCUGAUCUGAAUGGCAGUGGAGUGCUUCCUUCCAAAGCAACCCUAAGGUCAGACAACCAGGAGAUGUCGAAGGAAGAGUUGCGGAGACAGCACCAAGCAGAGCUUGCUCGUCAAAAGAAUGAAGAGAUUGCCAGGAGGCUAGCUGGUGGUGGGUCUUCAGCUGCAGAAGGGCGAGGUCCAGUAAGAACUUCGAGUGAGCUGAUUGCUUACAAGAAUGUAAGUGAUAUACCGUUUUCUAAGGAACUAGUGAUACAAGUAGACCAGAAGAAUGAAACUAUCCUAUUACCAAUUUACGGAAGCAUAGUGCCCUUCCAUGUUUCUACUGUGAAGAGUGUGACCUCCCAUCAGGACAACCGAACCUGCACUAUCCGCAUAAUAUUUAAUGUACCUGGUACACCAUUUAGUCCCCAUGAUGCGAACACCCUUAAGUUUCAAGGUGCUGUUUAUUUGAAAGAAAUCACAUUUCGGUCCAAGGAUCCGAGGCAUAGCAGUGAAGUGGUACAACAAAUCAAGACCCUUAGGAGACACGUCACAUCUAGGGAGUCAGAGAGAGCUGAAAGGGCUACUUUGGUUACCCAGGAGAAACUGCAGCUUUCUGGAAACCGAAUGAAACCAAUAAAAUUACCAGACCUGUGGAUACGCCCCUCAUUUGGCGGUCGUGGAAGGAAGCUUACAGGCACUUUGGAGGCUCAUGUUAAUGGAUUCCGUUAUUCCACAUCAAGACCUGAUGAGCGAGUUGAUGUCAUGUUUGCAAACAUCAAGCAUGCCUUCUUACAGCCUGCAGAGAGAGAAAUGAUUACGCUGUUGCACCUCCACCUGCACAAUCAUAUCAUGGUGGGCAACAAGAAGACAAAAGAUGUUCAGUUUUAUGUGGAAGUCAUGGAUGUUGUGCAGACUUUAGGCAGUGGGAGGAGAUCAGCUCUCGAUCCUGAUGAGAUCGAGGAAGAACAGCGCGAGAGGGAUCGGAAAAAUAGGAUAAACAUGGAAUUUCAGAACUUUGUGAACAAGGUACAAGAUCACUGGGCACAACCACAAUUCAAAGCUCUUGAUUUGGAGUUUGAUAUGCCUCUGAGAGAGCUUGGAUUUUAUGGAGUUCCUCACAAGGCUUCGGCUUUCAUCGUUCCAACUUCCGGUUGUUUGGUUGAGCUUAUUGAGACACCAUUCUUGGUGGUAACCUUGAGUGAAAUCGAGAUUGUUAAUCUGGAGAGAGUGGGGUUUGGGCAGAAGAAUUUUGACAUGGCCAUUGUGUUCAAGGACUUCAAACGGGAUGUUCUUCGCAUAGAUUCUAUUCCAUCCUCGUCUCUUGAUGGAAUCAAGGAAUGGCUCGAUACAACAGAUCUGAAGUACUAUGAGAGUAGACUGAACCUCAAUUGGCGCCCGAUCCUGAAAACUAUAACUGAAGACCCUGAGAAGUUUAUCGAAGAUGGUGGAUGGGAGUUUUUGAACAUGGAUGCCAGUGACUCGGACUCUGAGAACACUGAGGAGUCAGACCAAGGAUACGAACCGUCUGAUGUUGAGCCAGUGUCUGCUUCAGAUGAUGAAGACAAUGAGAGCGAGUCCCUGGUGGAGUCAGAUGAUGACGAGGAGGAAUCCGAGGAGGAUUCCGAGGAGGAGAAGGGGAAGACAUGGGAAGAGUUGGAACGGGAGGCAAGUAACGCUGACAGAGAGAAGGGUGAUGAAUCAGACAGCGAAGAGGAGAAGCGCCGGAGGAAGGCAAAAGCAUUUGGGAAGUCACGGAUUCCAGAUAGAAGGGAUUUGAAGGGAGUACCUGCUGCUAAGAGACCAAAGUUCAAGUGAAGCCAGCAGUCUUUCCUUAUAGAAGGGGCAUAAUUGGAGCACCUGCUAAGACACCAAAUCAGAGUCCGAAUGAAGCCAACCAUGUUUUGCGAGCUUGUCAUGCUAUUGAACUUUGUAUAUUUUCCUAGUGUUGUGCUAGUUUUGUUUAGUGGUCUGUUCAUGAUGUAGCGCAGAAUCACUCGACUUUUACCAUGUAAAUUUGAAUUGCAGAUGCAGUCCUGGAAGGAAGUGGCCUCAGAACUUGUUGCAGUCAUAAGAUACUGCACUUCAAAAGAUGUUUGUAUUAACUU